AAAAAGCGUCCGUCUUUCGUGUUGGCAAUUGAACAUUUCCAUUUUGCCUUAAUGCUUAACCACACGGUAGAAGAAUUCUCACGGCAAAAUAACGCAUUUGCAGUAGACGAUCCAGCUGUCUCCAAAUUCAUUUCUAACCGCUCGAUACCUGGCCGACUGCUUGAUCCCUACUUACUCUAUCGAUAUAAUCAGCGCACUGUGGAGGUCCGCUUUGUGAAUGGCUGCCAGCAAGCGAUCUGUGGAACGCUAAGCGCUCAGGAUCUUGCUAAAUCUUUGGGCCUAUCUGUCGAAAUUUCAGCCGUUUCCAGUUUAGUCCUUUCUGACCGACACUAUUUGGCUAUCAUAGUUCGCGAAAUCGUUGCAAGAGACUCAUAUAUUGUACUAUGGGAUGUUGUUGCUAACAAAUGGGAGUCGAUAGAAUUAUCUAUCAUCAUCGAAGGCACCGUUACUGCAGCUACAAUGUCCUCUAAUGCCUUUCUGACACCGAAUGAAACUAUAGACGAUAUUAGUCACGGAUUUCACCACCUCAUGGUGCUUGGUACAGAAUCGGCCUCGCUAUACCUGAUAGACAUCUCAAAUGUGGAUGGAAAGUUUAAAAUUAAAUCGGAGGUCACUCAAAUACAAGCACCUGGAUCCGGCAUUCGUUCACUACACAUCCUCCUGUCUUCAAUGACAAGCAAGCACAUGAUGGAUCCAAAGAUCUAUGUUGGAGGCGAUUCUGGGUUUUUGAAUGUUUUCAAAUACAAGGUUGCCAAUGGAAAUCAAUUUAUUAUACCAAGUCGAAAUCUUACAGAGUUAUUAAAAGAUCAGGAUCCAGUCACUCACAUAGAGUGCUUCCGCCUACAAGAUCAACAGAAGACGGUCAUUAUUGUUGGUCAAAGCCCAUUGAACCAUCAGACCUCCAACAAUAAGGCUAGGGUCACCGUUUUACAAACCAUGACCAAUUCUGAUCGCAAAGUUCUGGGUACCUUUGAAGCAUCUAUUCUCUCGCAUAAAACGUGGAAAGAAUCCAGCGUCUUGGCCAUCAAAUCUGUCGCUCCUGUGGAUCUAAACGGCGGCCACUACCUGUUUGCCGUUUUCUCCACCAAGGCACAAUCGUCAACAUCUACAGAACUGGUAGGAUACAAAAUUAAUCAAGAAAACGUGGACGAAAUUGUCAGAAAAGAUAUAAGUGAAUGUUGCUAUGGAGUGACUCUACAGGAUAUUGCACCAGCAAGAGAUGUCAAUAGCAUUGAAUCGUCGGCGAAGUUUUCAGUUGUUGAAGAAUGGGCUCAGUUCGAUGAAAAGGCGUUUAAAACCUGUUAUAGUUCCAAAGAAGUCAAGGCAAUACAGAAACAACGGAAAGGAAUGCACAGUGAAUUGUUCUUGGAUAAACUGCUGAAAUUUGCUCAUGUCAAUGUAUCACUUUACCCUCCAAGGAAUAGCAAUGACCUUCACAAGCUUUACAAUGCCAUACAAAAAUGUGAUCUAGACAUACUGCGGAAGCAAAGCCUUGUUUAUUACCUGUUACUUGAUUGGAAGAAUGCCAGCCAAGCUCGUUAUGCUCGGAGAUAUCUUAUCCCAUCCCAAUUUCAAAAGCUAAUGGAUGGCUAUUGGGCAAUGGAUCAUGGCCAAUAUGAGGACGGCGUCAAAUCACUGGCAGACCCAGGAGUGGAGGCGGAUUGGUCAGAUAAAAUUCUACAGACCUUGUAUGAACUAUCCAGCCAUCAGCUUGCUCUCCAGUAUGCAACUAUCUCCAAACAUCGUAGCGACAUUCCGGAAGAUAUCAUCUUAAGAAUGAAAUUGUUUGUGAAAUGCGAUAUUGUCAGAGCAUUUUACUUUCAGAGAGAAAUAUGCGGAGAUCGCCACGAUACUUUGCGAGAAACGUUGUUGCAUAUACUUUGGGAAGCUAUUUUCACAGAUGAUAAUCAGGAAGGAGUAGUCGAACGUGCCCUUUCAUUUCCAUUGAAACCAGAAGAGGAGCAAAUAUUUGUGGCAUAUCUGAACAACUCUCCACACUCUGCAACAAAAGUGUGUCUCAUGCACUAUUAUGUGGCUCAUGAUUGUCAGAUGCAAGCCUUAGAGCUGAACGACAAAAUUCAAUCUCAUCAGCUCAAUCAAGGAUCAUCUAUGGCUGUCUCCCAGCAUAGUAAAUACGUGAUCAGUAAAAUGUGCAACAGUUUAUCGCCACUUUUAUCCAAUGUAGCAAACCGAUGGCAGCCCUACGAAGCCGCUAAUCCAGCCAUUUCUUUCGCGUCUGACGGCCAAAAGGCGCUAUCCCGAAUAGCUCAAUCUUCCAAUAAUGGCAGUGCAACAGCUAAGAAGAACGGCGUAAAUCUUGGCAAAGAGAUAUUUGUUGCCGUGCUAAAUGCUCAGUCAAAGAAGAGAAAAUUGGAUGACGAUAUAGUUCUCGCUGAUGCGCAAUAGAGAUCCAUGUAAUAAAGCCAUAAUACAUUACAUAUAUUUUUGCUUCACCUUGUAAAAUUACAUUACGUCGUUAUAAC